CGCUGCGGCUUUGACGUGUUUUAACUCGUACUUUGGGACUGGAAACCCGCGUGUGUGUGUGACUUCAGUGAAUAUUUAAAGUGUUUGCUCAAAAGCAAAUAACAAAAAAAUAUAAAAAAGUCUAUUGAAGUGUGCGCGCACAAAACUUGUUACGAGUGUCAAACAAGAAUUUUAGAUAAAAAAAUAAAAUAAAAUAAAAAAUCAAUUGAAAAAUAAAAACAAAAAAAUUACAAAGAAUGUAAAAAUCAAUAAGCGAAAGCUCAAAGUGGUCAAAGCUUGCUGCACGCGGUCGUAUGAAGCCACAAACACACAUACAUACAUAUAUACACAAAUUAAUAAACACAACAACAGCAGCAAUAUAAAUACCAAGAACAGCUGCUGGAGGAAAAAACAUUUAACGAUGCCACACUGUUGCAGAAUGUGGAAUCUGGAAUAAAAAUGAGCGCAUAAAUUACGGCGACAACGGCAGACAUUGAAAAAAAGAGCAAUAAAUUUGUGCGCUGGAAUUUGCAGCAACUACCAAAUUGAGCGAACAGAAAAAGAAUAAUAAAAACAACAACAACAACAUACUAAAGUGCACUGCCAACUCCGAUAUAGUCUCGAGCUGCUGCGCAUUUAGUCAAGGAAUGCUGUAAGCCGCUGCUGUUGUUGUUGCUGUAGUGCAUUUUCUUCAGCCUCAGUUAACGUGCGUGGCGUGGCGCGCAUUCGCCAUUGACCGGAAAAUCAACGUCAACAUUAUUGACGUGCGCAACAUUUAAUGGCAGCACAACAACAACAACAACACUCAGAGACAUAAAUAUACAUAUGUAUGCAGUCAGCUGGUGGUAGAGAGGUUUCAGCUUGUCUUCUAAGCCAGCCUGGGAACCAGCAUUAAGUGCGUUAUGCUGCCCGGAACAAAAGUCACAGCAAUAAGCUACUCAAUACGCAUGAAAGGAAAGCAAAGCGCAAAGAAAUAAUAACAACAAAUAUCUAUUAAAUACAGUAAAAAAAUAAAAAAAGUUGCAUGUGUAGAAAGCAAAUUGUUAAAUCAGCAGUUAACUGCGCCGUCGCGCCUCCCACAUCAACACUCCAUCGCCUUCGCCUUUGCCAUCAUGGAGGAAGAUGUCUUGAAUGCGCUGCAAACGCGUACGGCCUACUUGCCCGGCGGCUAUGAUCGCGCGGGCAAAAUUAUCAUCGUUGUGAACAUCAUCAAUGAUUUACAAUUGUGGAAUCGGCGUUGUUUGGAGCUAUCGAUUGCCUACUUAAAAAGUGCGUUGAGCGCCGCCACUUUGCAACGCGGCGUCACCGUUAUCGUGGAUGCACAGAAGAGUACGACACGCAUAACACGCACGCAUGCGCGCAUCAUUUACGCACUCUUCGAUGAGAUCACAGUCAAUUUAUUUCUAGUCAGAGCAGAGGGCUUCUGGGAGAAGCAUGUGGACACGUGUACGAGUAGAUCGCAGGCGAAGGGCGAGCCCAUUGUGCUUUCGAAGGCGCGUUUGAUAAAAUAUUUCGACCUGUCACAGUUGCCCGAAGAAUUGGGCGGCACUUUGUCAUUUAACUAUGAUUUAUGGCUGCAACAAAGGAAGGCCAUUGAUGAGUUCCAAAAGACUUUCGAUUCGACGCUCACCAGCAUGGAGAACUUGCACGUUGUGCUGUUGAAUAAUAAAUCAUUGCGAGCAACGGAAGCGGAUGCUGAGUUGAAGAAGUGCGCACAGCUGCAUACGAGCGUACAACAACAAAUUGAAGUGGUCAUCGAGUUGGGCAAUCGCGUGCUGAAUCGACUGGCGGAAGCUUAUGCGCCAGCCAGAGUGAUACCAACGCCACAAAUGUCUUCCACAACCAAUGCCAUAACAGUCACUAACAAUAACACAACAACAAUAUCCUGCCAUGAAACACCUAACAACAAUAACAGCAUUCAAACCACCUCCACUUUAGCCCACAUACCCGCCACACGCUUGCCCCUACCGCCUGAUCUGCAAUACGCACGCGCACGCAUCGAACUGCUGCUCAAUCAAAUCGAACGCAAACAAACGGAAAUACGCACCGCGUGGCUAGAACUGCUGCAGAGCAUACGCGAGGCACGCGAACUGACACACCUGGAAGAAGGGGUGGCCUUCGUGACGAAUUGGAUACUCCUAACGGCCGAACAGAUGCUCAGUCGACAGUACAGCAUCGGUGGCGAUGUGCACAGCUGUGAGACACUGCGCGCCGCACACGACGUACUCGAACUGGAAUGUCGCGAAACAUAUGGCUUCUAUGCGGAGUUAUUGUAUAAAAUCGACGCUUUCGCUGGGGUGAAGGACUCGCUCGCAUAUAAGGAUCUGAUGUCACAAUGUGAUUUCAUGCAAUUCGUUUGUCGCUCAUUUGCCACACGACUGGAGCGGCGGCGAAAUGUGUUGAUCACAUCGUUGCGGUUUUUUCGACUCGUCAGCGAAUAUUUCGAUCGGACAACUGCGGUUUUCGAAACACUAGUCAUGGGUAAUAAAAUAGCCGAGGAGAAUUUUGUGGCCGCAGCGGAGACUUUGCAGCAACUGAAGGAGAGUCAGCUGAGUUUGGUCAACCUGGAACGCGAACUCGUUAAGGAGGGCGAAAAACUCAGCGAUAUGCUGGCGAUGCCGGUGAAAGAUGCGCUUGGCCGUGACCUACACAUCGACUACAGCGAAGAUAUUUGCAAUGUACGCGAUAUUUUGGAUACGACAUUGGCGCGACGAAACAUCUUCGGCGACUCGGUUGAACUGCAGAAACUCACCUUGGAACAAGUGACACACAUUUACACAUACGAACAGGACGGACGUAUGGCCAUUAAAUGGAUGGAGGAUUUGUACAAUGUCAUGAUCAAGUGCCAUUCGCACGUCGGUUGUAAUAUACACGAGAUACAGGUGCAGAAGGAUGAAUUGCAGACAUUUCAAGAAACUGGAAAGAGCAUCUACAACUAUGGCUGUCAAUUGCUGGAAGCUUCACAGGCGUUGCGCAUUUCCUGUCGUCUCGAUGCCGCGGCGAUACCACAACGUAUGUCACAGCAAUUACAGCACACUUGGCAUCGACUGCAGGCCAUAAGUCAGGAGCACAUGACACGACUGCGCGUCUCGGCCGUCUUCCAUCGCAGCGUCGAGGAGUACUGCCAACAGUUGCAGGAGCUGCGCUUAUCGGUGCGCAAUCUGAAGCAGACGCCGAACAGCAGCAGCGGCAUCAGCAGCGAGUCGGAUACACGCGCAUCGCCGCCAAUCAUCAUCGGCGUGCGGGCAGUAGCGGACGAAACGAACGAGCGUGUAGACAGCGGUGGUGCGGAUGAAGAUAGUGUUACUCAAAACAUUGCUGGCUUUGCGGACAAAUCGACCACGACGACGACGACGAGUGCGACAACGAGUGGAGCAAGUGGUGCAGCGGCGCUGCUGCGCGAUCAGCUGCGUAAACAUUUGGUGGUGCGCGAACAGCUGCUGCUCGAAGUGGGUCGCAUGGUGCGGUUGGGCCGCUUGCUGAAAACUCGUUUGAAAGAACCAUUCGUCUUGGAUGCCGUUACGGGGAUGAGCAUUACAGUUGAUGAGCUAGCAACGGAUGCUUCAAGUUCUGGCGGCGAUACGCAAACACAAUCGUCCAGUCCAGUUGGCACAGUGGAUAGUGCCAGCACCGCUGAUUCCAAUACCAUAGUUAUAAAACCUACGGGUAAUAAUGAGAUCGCUUGUGCAGCGAUCUCGCAUAAGUUGCAGGAGAUUGCUGAGGUCGCGGAAUCGCUGGAUGCUACGAUACGUGAUGUGCAACAGGAUGCCGAAGCUUUGGAGGUGAAUGCGACAAGCAGCGCUGAGAAGAAACGCGAGGCUAUGCGGAGUUACAGUAGUGAGGACUGGCACUCACGCUCCACCGAGGACGACUCCUUCGUUACCGCAUCCGAGGGCAAUUUCACGCCACACUCCCGCUCAUCAUCCUACCAAACCGUCUCCGGACGCACGUCCUCAUUCAUCAGUUGCGACAAAAACUCAUUUGAUAUGAGCGAAGCCGAUGAUACUACCUUCGCAUCGACUUUCGAAAUACCCGCUGACAUUAAUAUGUCCUACGAUGGCACCGAACAUAGCUUUGUAUCGGCACAACAGCAAGAGUCCACACCCUCACCACAACAAGAACAACACGACGAACGAGAAAACACAAAUGAAUCGCAUGCUGAUGACGGCGCCUACGCUCUGCCACCCACCGUCAACGACGAUGGCGAUGGCAGCAGCAUUGCCGACAUUGAGGAAUUGCACAGUCAAAGCAUAACACCGACACCCGGUGAUGGUGAUGUCGAACAAUACAUGUUCCAAAGCAUACCCAUCGAGUCGGAAUCCGAUUUGGAAUUAUCGUGUAUCGUCGAUUCACCGUCGCUGCAUGUGCUGACGGAGGAAGUGCCGGUCACAUCGGUGACGCCGGAGGUGAGCACGUGUUCAAGUACUGAGCCACAACCAAUGCAAAAGCAACAGCUACAGCAGCAACCGCAAACCAAUUUUAAUAACAAUAACAAUAACAGCAAUAGCAAUAGCAAUACUAACAACAAUAGCAACACUAAUAAUACAAGUAACAAUCAAAAACCGAAUGCUGCCUGGCGUCGCAACAAAUAUUAUGAGAACAUAACCAAGCAAACCAUUAAGGGGUUUCUCUAAGUGAAAUGCGUGUUUCAGUGCGGGGGCGGCAAAGUGACAAUGCCAACGCCAACGCCAACGCCAAAGGGAGCACAGCGCUUUGCAUGCAAGCACACACACACAUACAUAUAUUUGAAUACAAUAUCCGACUAUAUUUUCGAAAAUUUAUUUACUUUGUGGAAAUUAGUUUGCUAUUUAUUGGCUGAUAGGCAGCCACUAACCAUGAACUUAACCGCACUCUAUUGUUUGCCUUGGCGAGCUUGAGCAAACGGAAAUGACUACUGUGUAAAUAAAAAUUUGUUUGUUUGUAUGUAUAUUAUUAUAUUUUUUAAUUUUUGGUUUUGUAAUUUUUUUUUGUAAAAAAGAGGUUUACUCAUAAAUUUUGAAAAUGGACUACCGCAAUCAUUGAAGAAAAAUACAUACAUAUUUUUGUUUAUCUGCAUAAAAUUUAUAAAUUUGUUUGUUGAGAAUUAAUAAUUUAUUUAUUUUGGAAAUUUUAAAUACACAUAUACACAGUAGAUUUCAAGCGCCAAAUACAUGGCUGCUUGGCUUUUGGCGUCAUUUGGAAGGUGCAAAGCGAUGAAGUACUGAAAUUUCAAUGCAAACAUACAGAGAAAGAAACAAAAUGCAUAGGAAAAAUAAAAACCAAAAAAAAAUGAAAAAAAAAAAUUAAAAUACAUACAAACAAAUUAAAAAAAAUAUAUAUUAAAAUACAUACAAACAAAUGUGCGCACAAAGAAAUGCUUGCGAAUGCAAUUUUAAUUCAACUAAUUUCUGCUGAUUGCUUUACAAUUGAAUUUGCUGAUUACUUUGCAUUUUGCAUUUACUGAAUUUACCUUUGAUGCCUUUUAUAUACUUAUUAAAGCCGGAGAAUUACAAAAUUUUAUUUAAAAAUUAAACAAAAAAAUUAUUAAAUAUGUAUAAAUGUUAUGCCGUUAUAUAAUCUAGUGAUAAUUAUUUAUACACUACAAAUAUUUACUAUUAUAAUUUAUUGAAAUAAUUAAUCAUAAUUACUGAUAAUGAUUACACAAAAAUAUACCUACAACUACAAAUAUAA